GGCAAUAGUGAUUGGCUUUAAACCCUACCCAAAGCCCCCUUCCCAUUUCGUUCACGCUUCAGUGCUUCUUCUCUAUCAAUUCCCGCUAGAGAGAGAGAGAGAGAGCUCCGACAAUGGCAUGGCGAGGUUCCCUUUCCAGAUCGGUGAUGGCCACAGCUAGGUCUUCAACCAUCCGCAGCUCGCCGCCUCUCCCCCGCCUCCGUCCGCCGCCUCUCGCGGCCCCUCGCCUCCAAUCUCGCCGCCUCUCCUUCGCCAAUCCCAGGAACUUGGGAGAAUUGGGUUGCGUUCAAUCGCUUCUGCCGCUGGUCGCCGGACCCUGCCUCACGUCACACAUGGCCAUCCGAUUGCGGGCUUGUUGCGAGCUGUCUCACGGGAGGAAUGGAAAAGAUGGGUGAUGCGCGGAGCUUUCACAGUGAUCAAAAGGCGGAGCAAUGAUGCUGCAUUGUACUUGAGAUUAGACCAUUGGAUCAGCACAGGGAGGGCAAGAUAUAUUUGGGGCAGUUAUAGGAGUUGGUGGGAACUUUACUUUUGCUGUAGGAAAUACUACCAUAAUAAUCUCUGUUUCUACUCUGUUUUCUCAAACUUGAGAAUCUGGAACUUUUGUGAAGUUGUGUAGACGAGGUCAGGCUAUGGUAGAGCCCUAACUUGUUUUCA